ACUUGAGAUAACCCUCAGUAUUUUCUUGCAAGUCAACAAAGAUAAAUAGGUUUCUAGAACAUUGCUGCAAAAACAAUUUGGAUACAACUCGGAGUCAGUUUUAAGCACCAGCUUUGUUGUAACGUAAUUUUUGAGCCAAACAAUUCGACACGAAAGCUUGUAGCCUUGAAUCAUUGCUAAGUCUGGUGUUUAUCUACAAAUAGUUACUGAAAGAAAUACAGGUUGAGUCGAGAUUUCCUCACGAGUUGUUUCACAUAAAUUCUAUAAUAAGCGUUACAUUUGCUAUCUGAAUUUUCUUGUGUCUAGAGUAUGAAUACAGUCUAGCACACAAAAGUCGAAAAUUCUUCGAAACUAUUUUAUUUUCAGUUAUCUUCUUUACAAGUAGAAGGCCCUUGUAUUCUUCAUAUACGAAUGUGUAACCAAUAGCUGUCUUUAACGACGCACUAUUUCAACCAUAUCUUAAAAUUGAAGUGCCAAAGAAGCAAGUUAUCUCCACUACUGUCUGAGUGUGCUAUGUGUAAAGCACAAAAUUCCGAAGCUACAUACACUUACUUCAAUGUCACCCAUUCUAUCCUGAACAGGAGCCGCGUCCUUGUAACUAAAUAUAAUCUCAGAUAUUCUCAUUUGAAUGGUCUCAAUUGAUUUCAUUGAUUGGCCAGCAAUUACUUUGCGAGGCUUGUCUACCUUCCAUGUUUGUGAGUCCUACUUAUGCUUGCCUCUACAACUGGAGGCGUUUUGGGAAAAGAGCAACAUACUGCAACUUUUUACAGUCAAGUGGUGUGUCCAAUAUUAGGCUUUCAAAAAGGUGUUCACCCGUGACUGGAAAAUUUUUGGUUCUGCUGGAUUAUGGUGUCUUUGCCGCAGAUUCUUGGAUGAAAAACUUGUUACUUGUAACUGGUGUAGCUACAACUUUGUGGUUUUUCUCGGUACUUGAUAGACUUAUGGAAGAAAGAAGAAAGGCAGAGUUGCUUGAGCAAGGUGCAAGCAAGUGCCCUGUUUGUGACGGGACUGGUUAUAUUGACUGUUUAUGCACCAAAUGGUCUUUUCCAAGCGGAGUGUCAGAGAGGCGUCGCGUUAUGAAUUGUACACGUUGUCAGGGUUCUCUGAAAGAACGUUGUCCUCGUUGUGGUGGUGGUGGUCUUUUGAACCCUAUUCCCGCGCCUGUGAGAGUUGAUGUAAGUUAGGAGUAUUUUGAACAAGACUUG